AUGAGUAUGGUGAACAAUGUCGAUGAAUCGAGUUCAGGAAACGAAAUUUCACAUAUAGAUGAACAUGAUAACAGUAGAGUUGUUCUAAUAGAAGACAAUAAUAGCUCAACAUCAAUUUACGCUGAUUUAUCAAGAGAUUUACGCCGUUCCUCUUACUCUCGUCGAACAAUGUCUCGACAACAAGUUCGUUCAGCACCCUAUUCGAGACGGCAACGUCAGAAUUCACCAAUGCACAAUUUAAAUCCUGUCACGGCUUCUCAGGCUGUUAGUAAUUUAUUUCGUACCUCAUCAUCAUCCAUACCGAUAGUACUGCCUGAAGCGAUAGUAGAUGAUGAAAGUUUUAUUGAUUCAUUUAUAAGUACAGAACCUGUUCAGCCACUGUUUGAUUUAAUUGAUACCCAAUAUCGGUAUGAAAAUAUGUUGAAUAAUAGUAACCAGCAUAUGUUCGAUUAUAAUUACACAUUACAAACAUCUUCACCAAGUGGACAACAUAGAACAACAUCAACCUUCGAACAACCAUCGAAUUUAACUCCAAUCAAUUUAAGUACUUCGAGAACACAAGAUAAUCAGUUAGAAUCGAGAUUUUAUUUGAAUCAUGUAUUUCAUUCUGAUGUCAACAACGGUGGAAAUUCAGUUGAUACAUUAUCAACAGUUGAUUUCAAUAACCAGUCUCUAGAAUUACUUGAAACACCAACGGGCACAUUAGAUUUUGAGCAAGAUUUCGCUCAAGAUUCGUAUUAUUCGUAUCUUUCAACUCAUCCACCAUUGCUUCUUGCUAGUCCAACAACAACACCAGAAAAUGCGGAUACAACUACAGAUGAUCAAUCAACAGCACGAUCGUUCAGAUCACGUUAUCGACCAAAUAAUCCAACACGUGUAUUAUCUCCUAGUAUAAUAAAUAGUCAAACAGCGUCACCACAACUAUAUGAAACAUCUCAAACUCAUGUACAUACAUCAGUGAGUCAUCCAACAUCAUUAACAACACCAUUGGACGAACUAAUCGACGAAGAUCCUGAUGAUAAUUUGAGUGUGGAAAUUAUUUUUGAAACAGUUGUUGCACAACAAGAAUCAUUAGUUAAUAACAGUCAUACUAUUGCGAAUAAUCAGUCAGCGUUUGUAACGCCACCACCAAGACCCCCAUCAGCAACAACAAAUCGAAGAAGACAAAGACCAGCCAUAAUACCAACGACAAUUCUGACCAAUCGAGGUCUUCGACUUUCGGAUAUACUAUCGAUACCAGUGAAAUUAUACAAUACAAUUAAAACGACACAAAUAGAUAAUGUAAUAUCUGCACAAUGUUAUAUUUCAACAGCACCAAUAAUCAAUUCCACAACGCCACGACGAAGACGUCAAAGAACAAGAAGAAGUACGAACAUACCAACGUCAUCAACAAAUAAUCGAUCAACAACGGAACAAACUGUUGUACCACCAUCGAUGUCAAACAAUUUAACUGCUGUUACAAAUUCAUCCACAAACGAAACCUUACGUCCUCAAGCUAUGUAG